AUGGCUGCCUCCACCAUGUCUGUCUGCUCUGAUGCUCGCACCAACUCCUCCUGGCAGGUGGAUGACUGUCCAGAGAGCUGCUGUGAGCCCUGUUGCUGCCAGCCAAGCUGCUGUGUGCCCAGUUGCUGUGCCCCAGCCCCCUGCCUGACUCUCAUCUGCACCCCAGUGAGCUGUGUGUCCAGCUCCUGCUGCCAAUCUUCCUGCUGCACACCUUCAUGCUGCCAGCAGUCUAGCUGCCAGCCAGCUUGCUGUACCUGUUCCCCUUGCCAAAGGCCUUGCUGUGUGACCCUUUGCUGCAAGCCCGUCUGCUGCACACCCAUCUGCUCUGGACCAUGCUGCCAGCAGUCUAGCUGCCAGUCCUCAUGCUGUCCAUCCCCCUGCUGUGUGCCUGUCUGCUGCAAGCCUGUCUGUUGCACACCCAUCUGCUCUGGAUCCUGCUGCCAGCAGUCUAGCUGCCAGUCCUCAUGCUGUCCAUCCCCCUGCUGUGUGCCUCUCUGCUGCAAGCCUGUCUGCUGCACACCCAUCUGCUCUGGCUCCUCCUCCUCCUGCUGCCAGCCCUCCUGCUGUGCUCCUGUGUGCUGCAAGCCCUGCUCCAGCCUGUCCCUGCUGUGUCACCCUGUGUGCAGACCUGCCUGUUGUGUGCCCACCACCUCCUGCUGUGCCUCCUCCUGCCAGCCCAGCUGCUGCAGCCCAACCUCCAGUGUGUCCCUGCUGUGCCGCCCUGUGUGCAGACCUGCCUGCUGUGUGCCCACCUCCUCCUGCUGUGCCUCCUCCUGCCAGCCCAGCUGCUGCCGCCCAACCUCCAGUGUGUCCCUGCUGUGCNGCCCUGCCUGCUCCAGACAGGCCUGCUGUGGACAGAAGUCCAGCUGCUGA